GGACGUCCGGGGGAGCGCGCACGCAUCCGGCCCGCGGUUCGCGCGCAGGUCGGUGCGUCGGUCGGGGGCGCGCUCGGGUAACCUGUACCCCGUCUAGUCGCCGGUUACGAUCGGACUAAGUUCCAGAGGUGACUCAUAAAUCAAGUUAAAAUGUCUCCAGAAAUUGCCUUGAACCGAAUUUCUCCAAUGCUGUCCCCAUUCAUAUCCAGUGUGGUCCGGAAUGGAAAGGUGGGACUGGAUGCUACAAACUGUUUGAGAAUCACGGACUUGAAGUCUGGCUGUACAUCAUUGACUCCUGGACCCAACUGUGACCGCUUCAAACUGCACAUACCGUAUGCCGGAGAGACAUUAAAAUGGGACAUAAUUUUCAAUGCUCAGUACCCAGAGCUGCCCCCUGAUUUCAUCUUUGGAGAGGAUGCCGAGUUCCUGCCAGACCCCUCUGCUCUGCACAACCUUGCCUCCUGGAACCCCGCGGACCCCGAGUGCCUGCUGCUUGUGGUAAAGGAGCUGCUGCAGCAGUACCACCAGUUCCAGUGCGGCCGCCUCCGCGAGAGCUCGCGCCUCAUGUUUGAGUACCAGACGCUCCUGGAAGAGCCUCAGUAUGGAGAGAACAUGGAAAUUUAUGCUGGGAAGAAAAACAACUGGACUGGUGAAUUUUCAGCUCGUUUUCUAUUGAAGUUACCAGUAGACUUCAGCAACAUUCCUACAUACCUUCUCAAGGAUGUAAAUGAAGACCCUGGAGAAGAUGUGGCCCUCCUUUCUGUCAGUUUUGAGGAUACUGAAGCCACCCAGGUGUACCCCAAGUUGUACUUGUCACCCCGAAUUGAGCAUGCACUCGGAGGCUCCUCAGCUCUUCAUAUCCCUGCUUUCCCAGGAGGAGGAUGUCUCAUUGAUUAUGUGCCUCAAGUGUGCCACCUGCUCACCAACAAGGUACAGUACGUGAUUCAAGGCUAUCACAAAAGGAGAGAGUACAUCGCGGCUUUUCUCAGUCACUUUGGCACGGGUGUCGUGGAAUAUGAUGCAGAAGGCUUCACAAAACUCACUCUGCUGCUGAUGUGGAAGGAUUUUUGUUUUCUUGUACACAUUGACCUGCCCCUGUUUUUCCCUCGAGAUCAGCCGACUCUCACAUUUCAAUCUGUCUAUCACUUUACCAACAGUGGACAGCUUUACUCCCAAGCACAAAAAAAUUACCCAUACAGCCCCAGAUGGGAUGGAAAUGAAAUGGCCAAGAGAGCAAAGGCUUAUUUCAAAACCUUUGUCCCUCAGUUCCAGGAGGCUGCAUUUGCCAAUGGAAAGCUCUAGGAAACAGCAGUGUUGUGAGGCGGCCAACGAUACUGCUCGGUCCACAUGCGUGUCAGCACACAGGCCGCUUCCGGGAAGCUACU